AUGGACGAGGUCCCCGUGGCGGUCGUAGGCCUUUCAUUCCGCUUUGGCGGAGAGGCCUUAUCGACCGAUGGUUUUUGGGAUAUGAUCACAGCGGGCCGUUGCUCGAGAGCACCAGUCCCCGAGUCGAGAUUCAACGCCAAUGCGUUCUACCAUCCAGACACAAACCGGCUAGAGACCUUACCAGUCAACCAGGGAAAUUUCAUCGCGGAGGAUAUUGCGGCGUUUGACGCACCGUUCUUCUCAAUCCGUGCUGCGGAGGCGGCAGCAAUGGACCCUCAAUCCCGCAAGCUCCUGGAAGCAACUUACCGCGCUCUAGAGAAUGCCGGCAUUCCCAUUGAGCGCUGCGCGGGAACUAAGACGUGUGUUUUCACCGGUGUAUCGUCAGACGACUACCGCCUGAUGUACAACAAGGAUACCAGCCAUCCGAUCCGCCACGCGGCGACGGGUAUGGCCUUGUCCAUGCUUGCCAACAAGAUCAGCUGGUUCUACGACUUCAAGGGUCCCAGCGUGCAGUUGGACACCGCAUGCUCCGCCAGCUUGAAUGCGUUGCAUCUCGCCUGCAGGAGUAUCAGGUCCGGCGAAUCUGAAAUGGGCAUCGUUGGAGGAGCCAAUCUCUUCUUUGCGCCGCAGUCCAUGUCCCCGCUUGCGCACCUUAAUUUCUUCUCACCAGAUGCGGCAUGCCAUAGCUUUGACGCCCGUGCCAACGGCUACUGCCGUGGCGAGGGUUUUGGGGUGCUCGUGCUGAAGCCUCUUGCGAAAGCGUUGGCUGAUGGUGACCCGAUCCGGGCUGUGAUCAGGGCGACAGGGUCAAACGAAAAUGGUAGAUCGGUAGGAGGCAUCACCAAAGUUAGUUUCGACGCACAACAGUCCCUCGUUGCGUCAACCUACCGUUCAGCCAACCUCGAUCCCAGUCUGACGAGAUAUGUGGAAGCUCAUGCUCCAGGCACAGAGGGAGAUCAGGUCGAAACCAGAGCACUUGCAUCCAUAUUCAAGGACCAUCGCUCGCCUGAUGAUCCUCUCUACAUGGGUUCAGUCAAAGCCAAUUUGGGACAUUUAGAAGGAACGAGUGGUAUUGCCAGUCUGGUCAAGGUUGUGUUGAUGUUAGAAAGAGGCAUAAUCCCCAAAAUCGCAAACUUUGAGACACUCCAUCCCAACAUCCUGGGAAAGGAAUGGAACAUGGCCUUUCCCAAAGAGAGCAUUCAUUGGCCUCAGGGUGUCAGGAGGGCAUCCAUCAACUCAUUUGGCUUUGGUGGCGCAAACGCCCAUGUCGUGAUUGAGAACGGCGACCAUCAUAUUCUUGCCGCGACGGUCUUGAAGCCUCACUCUUCUGGAGAUGAUGCUCUUGUUAAUGGUGUAUCAGAUGGCGUUGAUGAUAAACCAUGCAAUGGGACGAACGGAGUGGCAGUCAAUGGCAUUGGAAAGACAAAUUCCCUCCUCCUUGUGUGGUCCGCGGCAGAUGAGCAAGGACUGGAACGAAUGCGAGUUGAGUAUACCUCGUACUUGGAGAAGAACACGGCCGCUGAUAUGAGAAAACUUGCUUUCACUCUUUCGGCACGGCGGACGCAACUGCCAUGGAAGGCUUUCAUGGUUGCCCACGACAAGCCCAGUUCACUUGAACUAUCCAAACCAAUUCGUUCAAUCAAGGACCCAAAGCUGGCAUUUGUGUUUACUGGCCAAGGAGCACAGUGGGCAACUAUGGGCACCCAGUUUCUAGGAAACCCCAGCUUUCGUCAAAAUCUUGCCCGGCUUGGACAAUAUUUCAAGGAGCUUGGCGCAAGCUGGGACCUGGAAGGGGAACUUUCGAAGAAGGCCGACGAGAGUCGAAUCGACAGUGCAGAAUUUUCUCAACCUAUUUGCACUGCCAUCCAGAUUGCCUUAGUUGAUCUUCUCCGGUCGUAUGGCGUGCAGCCGUCCCUAGUUGUUGGCCACUCCUCGGGUGAGAUCGCGGCAGCAUACGCAAGUGGUGCCAUAUCUGCUCGGAGCGCUUGUCGGAUCGCUUUCUACAGAGGCAAAGUUAUUUCAGAGCACUUUUCUUCACUGGAUGAAGUCUUUGGUAUGCUCGUGGUUGGGUUGCCAGUACCGGAAGUAGAAUUGAUUCUGGAACACAAUAUGGAAACCUUGGGUCUCUCUCGUGUUACCAUCGCUUGCAUCAACUCACCCAAGAACGUGACCCUAAGUGGUCCUCUGCGUCCAUUGAAGGCGUUGAAGAGCUUGCUUGAGGUUGACGGUACAUUUCUACGGAUUCUGGCUGUUCCGGCGCCAUAUCAUUCUCCAAUCCUCAAUGAUGUUGCAGACAAGUAUGCGUCUCUUCUAAGUGACCUUGAGCCAGGCUCACAGGGCGCUGAAAGUCCUCCAAUGGUUUCCUCAGUCACAACUGAACUGAUCGACCGUGAUACAUUAUGCCAAGGAAGCUACUGGGUACAAAAUCUUGUUUCGACGGUCAAGUUUGAACCGGCUGUGGUCACCCUUCUUCAACAGCAGCCUCUCCAUGCGUUAGUUGAGGUAGGGCCUACCGGAGCUCUUCGAAGUGCCAUCCGAGACACCAUGUCUACACAUCUUACUACACCCUCACCAGUGUAUUUCAGUAUCAUGGACAAGAACAAAGCUUCAUUGGACCGUAUUCUCGAAACUCUCGGCUAUUUGCACAGCAUAGGUUUCCCUAUUGAUCUUGAAGUUGUGAACGGCAUCAGCGACAAUGACAAGGAGUGUCUGGUCGAUCUUCCCGAAUAUCCAUUCGACCAUUCCAAAACAUACUGGCACGAGAGCCAAGUGAGCCGAGACCACAGAUUUCAGAAGCAUGCAAGAAACGAUCUUCUCGGAUCGCGAAUCCUCAAUUGGAACCCUCUAGCGCCUCGCUGGCGCAACAUGAUUCGCACUCUUGAAAAUCCAUGGAUAGAGGAUCACAAGAUCGCGGGAGCGUUGAUCUAUCCUGGCGCGGGGAUGAUUGUGAUGGCUAUUGAAGCUGCUGCCCAGUAUGUCUCCGACAUUGACGUGAGGCGUCCUGCAGGAUUCCUAUUAAAGGACGUGACAUUUUUAUCUGCUCUGAAUAUCGCUUCGCCUGAAGCAGGAGCAUCGACCGAAAUUGGUCUUAUACCGAUUGAUCCAAACAGCAGCAACAGUGCCAACUCUCGGCAGUUUUCAUUCCAGAUAACACUUCUGGACGGAGAGCAGUGGCGCGAAGUUUGUACGGGCAAAAUAACCGUUAAAAUGACAGACGAAAGCUCCUCAAAGCACAUGAAGGCGGAGAACAAGCUUUUGGAGGAACGUCGGCGACAACAGACCAUCGACCGGCUCGAGGUCUGCCGAGCGGAAAUCCGAAGGCAGAAGCUCUAUGGUCGGUUCAGAGAGACCGGUUUGGAAUUCGGGCCUACAUUCCAAGUAUUCGAUGAUGUCAAAUAUGACUGGAGGGGUGGCCUGGCCUCAGCGCGCAUUCGGCUUGAUAACUGGAAAUUGAAAGGCAAGCCUGAGCACGCUACGCCGCACUUCAUCCACCCAACAGCUCUUGAUGGCGUGCUUCAACUUCCGGUGGUGAGUCUUGGGGCAGGUGUUGGCCGACCUGUGCCUACAAUGGUUCCUAGCCAAUUGGAAACCCUCUGGAUUGAUGCGGACAUUCUGUCCCAUGCUGUAUCUUCAAAGCAUGUCCAAGCUGUAUCCAAGGCAGACUACCUGGGCUUCCGUAACACCAAGUCGGAGAUCUCAGUUCUCAGCAUGGAAGACUCACGCGUGGUGUUGUUUGCCGAGGGGCUCGAGACUAUUAUUAUCGGAGGAGAGGCGGCUAGCGACGAGGAAAAGAAGGGACAACCCUUCUACAACAUGUCAUGGAAACCUGAUAUCGAGAGCAUAAGUUCAAAAGAGUUGCUCAAGUACUGCACGUCGAAUUUGUCAACAACAGCCGCUUCCAAAGCGCAUAAUCCACUUUCAAAAUUCUUGAGCCUGGUGCUCCAUCACAAUGUCAACACACGGAUACUUGAAGUGGCUCCUGAGGAAUCUGCGGAUACUUCUAAGCUCCCUCUUUGGAAUCUACUCAAGGACUUCGAAGGCCCGGCUGGGUACUACGACCUCGCGACGCGAAAUCCAAUCAAAGAUCGGCCGAUUGAAGACACGGCCAAGGGAGGGAGUAUGAAUGAAUCGACGAUACUUGACUUUGAAGACCUGUUUCAACGUGGUCUCAACGCCAUGCCCAAACCACGUUAUGACCUGAUCUUUGCCCCCCGGCAUGGGCCAGACCUAGAUAAGCAUCUGUCGGAGUUAGCUCCUUUUGUCAAAUCCGGCGGCAGAAUCAUUAUCCUAGCAGCUUCGACAUCAGACACUAUCAACCCCCAAGCUACGACAAGGUCAUUCGAGAAAGAGCUAGAGUUGGAAUGGGACGGGCAUCUUCUGACGUCCUAUAAAUCAGUCGCUGUCCCGUCACCAGUAACAGAAGAAAGGCCAAUUUCGGUCGUUCUAGCUCCGAAUCCAUCUUUUAGGGCGUCAAACCUAGCAAAGGCAGUUUUUGAGUCCUUCAUUAAAGAUGGCUAUACUGGAACGAAAUUCCAACUAUGGGAUGAAGCUCAAGUGGCACUCUCGAACGAUGAGCAUACUAUUUUCAUAUCCGGCUCCGACUCUGAUUAUCCUUUUGACACUGGUCUAGGGGUUUUCAGUGCCCUUAAGUUUCUCUGUGCGACGAGAAUUAGUAUUGUCUGGGUAUCGUCUGAGUCCAUAUAUCCAUCGGGCGCAAUCGCCGCAGGUCUGACCCGAAGUGUUCGAAAUGAACGUCCAGAUAUCAAUAUCACUACGCUCACUCUUGAUGCUUCAGAUCUGGGCGCUGAUCAAACGGAAUCAAGUGUCUUGGAGGUAAUUAGGAGCGUAUUCAGGAAGCACAGCACGAAAUCCAAGACGAAAGAGACGGAAUACUCCUACAGUUCAAAUGGGGAUGCCAAGGCUUUGCUGACCCCACGACUCUUCUUUUCGCCAGCCAUCUCUUCCUACGUGAACGAAAAGUCCAAGGAAAAAAAGAAAGUGCAAAGAAAAUUCAACUGCGCCGAUGCAGAAGAUAUCAAGUUGACAAUUACUACGCCAGGUCUUUUGGAGACAUUGACGUUCGUGCCAGACCCAACAGCACAAGUCGCCCCUCACGUUAAUGAGGUUCUCAUCCAGCCCGCAUACACCGGCCUGAAUUUCCUCGACGUUCUUACAGCGCUGGGACGUAUUCCACAAAUUUCGGUUCUUGGAGUAGAAGCAGCAGGAACUGUCACAGCCGUCGGCGCAUCUGCCGAUCUUCAAGUUGGCGAUCGUGUUGUAGUACUAACCGACGGCACAGUGAGGUCCUGUGUUCGUGCAGAUCACCGUACAGCAGUCAAGAUACCUGACGCCCUAUCUAUGCGCGAGGCGGCCAGCAUGCCAGGGACCGCUUGUACUGUUUACCGUGCGCUAGUGGACGUCGCUGAUCUUCAGCCAGAUGAGAAGGUCCUGAUCCACGCGGGAGCUGGAGCAACUGGACAGAUGGCCAUACAGCUGGCCCAGCAUAUCGGUGCCGAGGUGUUCGUCACGGUGGGCAGUGACGCCAAGAGACAGCUCAUUUCGACGACAUACGGGAUCUCGGACGAUCAUAUCUUCCACACGCGCGAUGCCAGCUUUGUGGCGGGCAUGAAGCGUGUCACCAAUGGUUAUGGAGUUGAUAUUGUGCUGAACAGUCUCUCUGGCGAGUUACUCGAAGCUGGUUGGACCGAACUGAUGGCACCGUUCGGCCGCUGGGUUGAGCUGGGCAAGAAGGACAUCUUGGACAAUCGGGGCCUAAAUAUGAGGCCGCUUCUGAAUAACAUCUCUUUCUCAUGUGUCGAUCUCAGCGGGAUCUGGCGCCAUAGACCUGCGCUUAUGAGAAGACUGCUGAAUGAUGUGUUCAGGCUCGUAUCAGAGGGCGCCAUCAAGCCCGUGACCCCUCUUACUGAGUUUGGUGUUGCGAAGGUAGAAUCAGCUUUCAGAAGUCUCCAAAGCGGAAAGAUUGGCGGCAAGGUGGUCAUCAAUAUGGACGACGAAGAAGAGGUGACAGUCAAAUGCCAACCCGAGAAGACGUGGGCUUUCAGGCCGAAUCGCAGCUAUCUUCUCGUUGGUGGGUUUGGGGGUAUUUCUCGAAGCGUGGCCAGGUGGAUGGUGAAGAGGGGAGCGAGAAAUCUGAUUCUGUUGUCGCGUACGGGUGCUGAUGAAGACCCCAAUCGACUGGCUUUGCUAGAAGAGCUACGAGGGUCCGGCUGCAUGGUAGAGGUGUUGGUAUGCGAUGUAUCCGACCACAAAAAUCUGGAAACAGGACUUCAAAGCUGUCAGCAAAAGCUAGGUCCUAUCUCCGGAUGCAUUCAAGCCAGCAUGGUGCUCAAGGAUCAAUAUUUCAAAAAUAUGACUGAAGAGGAAUGGAGGGUCAGCGCCACUUCGAAGAUUGCCGGCUCGUGGAAUCUUGAUCGUCUGCUACCCGACGGCCUCGACUUCUUCAUCUUCUUCUCCUCGCUUGUGGGAGUUGUCGGUGGCGAAGGGCAGGGGAAUUAUAGCGCUGGCAAUGCCUUCCAGGACUCUCUGGCUCUCAGCAGAGUUCGAAGGGGGCAAAAGGCCGUUUCAUUCGAUCUUGGAAUGGUCGUUGGCGAGGGCGCCGUGGCUGAAGACGAGCACCUGGCGCGCACCUUGGAAAGCUUUGGGUGGUACGAGCCCACGACAAUGCGUGAGCUUGAGAUGCUGCUUGAACGUUAUUGCGAUCCAGAGCUACCACUUUUGAAACCUGAGGAAGCCCAAGUGGUUCUAGGUAUUCGCUCGCCCGCCGCUCUUCAAGCAGGAGGCUACGCUAUUCCGAAGUGGAUGGCACAGCCAACAUUCAAGACCAUGUACCAUGAAACGGGAGGUACCAAGGCCACCUCGGGAUCAGAUGCGGCCCAGCAAGAUCGAAACAGCUUCAAGACGUCCAAAUCUUUGCACGAAGCCGGGGCAAUAGUGGUGCAGGCCCUAACAAAGAAGCUAUCGAACGCCCUCGGUAUUCCGAUUGCAGACGUGGAUGCAUCACGGGCCGUCCAUUUAUACGGCGUGGAUUCUCUCAUUGCGCUCGAGUUGAAAAACUGGUUCACAAAUGAGUACAAAGCAGACAUCACCGUUCUUCAAAUUCUGAGUAACAUUACUCUUGAACAACUUGGAUUAAAAGUCGCGGAGGAAAGUAGCUUCACCAAAGCGUUGAAUGCAUGA